CUACGGUGCGCCGUCUGGUCCAAAACACUCCGAGCGCCUUCGGUUCGCGCAGGCGCAGUAGCUCGCGCACGGUCAGCUGUCGCUGCUCCUCUCGGCUGUCAGCAUGGGUUUAAUCACAGGGCUCAUUUCUUUCCUCUACCAUCUGCCACAAAUUUAUAAAUGGCUGCUGAAGCCGUAUUAUAUCGCCUCCUUCUUCAUGACAGUCGCUUUUGUCGUCGUGCGGAAGGCUCCCGGUGUUUGUGAGCACCUGGCGACCCAGCGUGAGGACCGCAACUCCUGCGACUUCGACUGGAGAGAACUAGAGAUUUUCAUGUUUCUCGCUGCGAUAGUGAUGAUGAAGAACAGGAGAGCCAUAACCCUGGAGCAGCACAUAGGCAACCUGUUCAUGUUUAGCAAAGUGGCCAACGCCGUCCUCUUCUUCAGGCUUGACAUUCGGUUUGGGAUCCUGUACCUUAUUCUGUGUGCUGCAUUUGUCAUGACCUGUAAGCCACCUGUCUAUAUGGGCCCAGAGUACAUCAAAUACUUCAGUGCUGAGACCAUUGAUGAGGAGCUACAGCGCGACGGUCGUGUUAGCUGGAUCGUUGAAUUUUAUGCCAACUGGUCCUCUGAUUGCCAGUCCUUUGCUCCAGUCUUUGCCGACCUUUCCGUCAAGUACAGUGGUCCCGGUCUCAGGUUCGGGAAGGUGGACAUAGGACGUUACGGAGAAGUUUCACAGCGCUACAGAAUUAGCACAUCCCCUCUCACUAAGCAGCUGCCCUCACUGCUGCUUUUCCAAGGAGGGCGUGAAAUUGCGAGACGUCCUAUGGUGGACAGUAAAGGGAGAGCUGUAUCUUGGGCUUUCAGUGAGGAGAACAUUAUUCGAGAGUUCAAUCUAAAUGAGCUCUUUGAGAAAUCCAAGAAGCUCAGCAAGAGCAGUCGUGGCUUGAAGGGAGAGCAAAGCAGCUCCCAGCCAGAGGAGGGCAGCUCUGAGCUGCAACCUGAAACCAACCACUCAGAUCAAUUCACAGAGACCAUGAAAGACCAGUGACAUGGAGGAGGAGCUGCAGUAGUUUGGUUUUCCUUUCACUAUGCCUUACAUUUGCGUUCAACAGGUAUUUACCCCAAAAAGGGAAACUGGACCACACAUCAGCAGUCUGUCUGAAAUCAGUUAUAUACAACAAAUGAUUGACAGAUGUUUGAAAAACUAAGUUAUUUCACAAAAAAGGUAUUUCCUAAUGUCUAUUUAAAUACUACACUGAAACAGUUUUUUUUAUAAUAAAAUUUGACACAAUGUUUUUCUUUGGUUUGACCUUUUUAUUUUGAAAUCUGAAAAAAAUUCUGUAAGGCCAUUUUGGAUUUUUUUCCUUAAUGAAAUCAGUACAGAUAUUUGUGAAACUUGCUCCAUUCAGCACAGCGAACAAUUGGGACAUUUAAUUCUCAUGUACAAGUACACUUACAGCUUCAAAUUGUUCAAUGGCCAGCAUCACUGUCAUGAGCAGGAAGUAAUAACGAGUUCUUACUAAACGUACACCUGCCGCGGGCACCACUGAUGCCUUUUUGAUGAUUACCAAUAUUCUCACAAUUACAUUAAUGAAGCAUUCAGC